AUGGAAGAACAUGAUGAGAGAGUUCAAAUGAAUAUGGAGUUUGACGCGGCAGCUGCCGAAGAAGACGACGAAGAUGAUGGCUCAUCGUCUGGAUCAGAAGAAGAAGAUGACUUGGCGCAAGAACAAUACGAAAUGGACAUCGCUUUCGACAUGAUAGAGGAGUCUGACGGCGGCGACACUGAAAAUGAUUUUGAAGGCGAGUUUACAGAAAUUUCCAUUACGCUAUCUGAUUAUUCGCCUACUGGUGGAAGUUGCUUCGUAUUCGCCCGCUGUGAGAGUCCAGUUGGUUCAAUAAUUUGA